AUGACGACCAUCAUGAGGCAUGCCAUCUGGAGACGGGCCUCACUCGUAGGCUGCAGAGCCUCGAGACGGCAGCCGACGCCAAGAUGCCUGACCACGGCUGCCGCCGUCACGCCGUCUGUGACACCAGAUCCUGCGCCUCAUCCAGCCCUUCCCGCGAAUUCCACAUCAAAUCGUCGUGACGCCCUUCGCGAUGCCAAACCCUUUUCCGACUUUCUCACGGACAACUUCAGUCGCCAGCACGACUAUCUGCGAAUUUCCGUCACAGAACGCUGCAACCUCCGCUGCGUCUACUGCAUGCCCGAGGAGGGCGUGCCACUCUCCCCGAGCCGCGACAUUCUGACGACGCCCGAGAUUGUCAUGCUUUCCUCCGUCUUUGUCAACCAGGGCGUCACCAAGAUCCGCCUCACCGGCGGCGAGCCCACCGUCCGCCGCGACAUUGUGCCCCUGAUGCGCCAGCUGGGUGCCCUGCGGCCCCACGGCCUCAAAGAGCUCUGCCUCACGACAAACGGCCUGUCGCUGCACCGCAAGCUCGACGCCAUGGUCGAGGCCGGCCUCACGGGCAUCAACCUGAGCCUUGACACGCUCGACCCCUGGCAGUUCCAGAUCAUGACGCGCCGCAACGGCUUCGCCGCCGUGCGCAAGACCAUCGACCGCAUCUUCGAGCUCAACCGCGCCGGCGCCGGCCUCAAGUUCAAGAUCAACUGCGUCGUCAUGCGCGGCCGCAACGACGCCGAGAUUGUCCCCUUUGUCGACAUGACGCGCGACCGCGACGUCGAGGUCCGCUUCAUCGAGUACAUGCCCUUUGACGGCAACCGCUGGAACGAGGGCAAGAUGCUCGGCUACGCCGAGAUGCUCGACGUCAUCCGCGCCGCCCACCCCACCGUCGAGAAGGUCCGCGACCACCGCAACGACACGGCCAAGACGUGGCGCGUCCCCGGCUUUGCCGGCCGCGUCGGCUUCAUCACGAGCAUGACGCACAACUUUUGCGGCUCCUGCAACCGCCUGCGCGUCACGAGCGACGGCAACCUCAAGGUGUGCCUCUUUGGCAACGCCGAGGUCUCGCUGCGCGACAUCCUGCGCAAGUCCAACGCCGGCGAGCCCAUUGACGAGCAGGCCUACGAGGCCAUGAAGCAGAUCGAGAUGGACAGGCGCCAGGGCCUCGCGACGUCGGAUCAGCCGCUGGGCACCGCCCUCAACGAGGCCGAGCUGCUCGACAUUAUUGGCAUGGCCGUCAAGCGGAAGAAGGAGAAGCACGCCGGCAUGGAGAAUCUGCAGCACAUGAAGAACCGGCCCAUGAUCUUGAUAGAGCAAGACGGCCACCCCGCCAAGAAGCUCACGCACGUCUCCGCCUCGGGGACCGCGCACAUGGUCUCCAUCUCCUCCAAAACGCCAACCUCGCGCGUCGCAAAGGCCGCCUGCACGGUGACCUUCACGACGCCCGAGCCCCUGCGCCUCAUCGCCGAGAACCAGGUGAAGAAGGGAGACGUCCUCGGCGUCGCGCGCGUCGCCGGCAUCAUGGCCGCCAAGCGCACCCCCGACCUCAUCCCCCUGUGCCACCCCAUCCCCAUCUCCCACGUCAGCGUCGAGCUGCGCCCGCGCGAGGCGGAGGGGGGCAGCCGUCGUGGCUGCGCCGCCAUCGACGUCGAGGCCACCGUCACGUGUGAUGGCAAGACGGGGGUCGAGAUGGAGGCCCUGACGGCGGCGAGCACGGCGGCCCUGACGGUGUACGACAUGUGCAAGGCUGUCGACAAGGGCAUGGUCAUUUCUGACCUGAGGGUUGUGCUGAAGGACGGAGGCAAGAGUGGACGCUGGGAGAUGCCGUAG